CUGUGCCGCCGUUCCCCGCGCUCUCGCGGCUCCUUGGCGGCUCGGCGUUGUUCGGGAUCUCCCGGCUGGGCGCGGCUCCGAAGGCUCCGUCCCGUCCCGCCGGCCUUCCUGGCGGCGGUCGCUCAGCGCUGCUCUCGUUAUCGCUGUAACGCCGCUCGCUUUUAAGACGAAGUCCGCGUUGUCGCUGUUCCCGGCAGGCGGUCCCAGCCGCGGGGCUGCGCUGCCGGCCCCGCUCUGCCCUGGGCGCUCCGGCUCCCCCCGUUGCCGUGCGCUCGCACAGCCGCGUGUGUUCGCUGUGCUGAGCUGAACGGACCGCGCGGCUGCUGGAUCCCGUUGGUUAUUUGGCUGCUUUGCUUUGUUUGCUCGAGUUGAGGCGAACAAACAUGAACUUUGUGAAGGGGAGCUGUGCUGUUAAUGGUGGUCGGUGUCAGAGCAGAAGUGCCCCUUCCUUCAGCGCUGUGCUUCUGGUCUGUGCUGCUGAUGAGGUCUGGAGAAACGCGCUUAUGGGAGCUCAGUGCUGCUGCAGCAGAGCUCUGCUGGGACGGCUGAGCUCCUGGGAUGUCGCUGUGUUUGGCUGCUUUGAGUGGCUUUAGGACCCUGUAACGCUGCAGCGUCGGGUUUGAGGUGAAUCAAAGAGUCGAUCCUCAUUGUGAGGAGCCUUGCAGAGAGCUCUCUGCCCUCUGACAGGAGGCUGUUAUCCCUCACGCAUCAUCAGUGUCCUCCUAAGGGAGCUGAAGGCCCUGGGAUGUGCACAGAGGGCCUAAAGCUGCCAACCCCUGGCUCCAAGACUGGGGACAAGAGGAGGAGAUGGAGCUGAAACAUAAGUGGGUCUCACACAGUCAGGCUCAGAGCUGAAGAGCUGCCACUGUUGGGCUCAGCCUGGUGAAAGUCAGAGGUGCUGCAGCCCCAAUCCUUCCCCAAAGGUUUCCCACUCCCUCCCCCCGCAGCCGCUGGGCUCUGUGCAUUCCAGUCGUGCUGGAAUUGCUGCUCCUGGUGGCCAAAGCAGUGGGAUGAGCCGGGCAGCCACGAGCUGUGCACAUAAACGUUUGGUUGGCACAGGCUGUGCUGCACACGGAGUGCUUGGCCUUGGCUGCACGCUGUGUUUGGGACCGCUCUGAAAGGGUGCUGCUGUGUGCUGAGUGUAAGAAACACGGGAGGACGUGCAGAGGGACAGAACUCAGGGCCUCAGGGCGGGCUGCUCUGGGGGCAGGCAGUGGUGCCUGGCUGUUCCUGCAGCUCUGAGACGGCCAGGGGAACAGCCUCGUAUUGCUGCCUGUUUGAUGGCACUGCUUACAGAACUGCUUGUCUUCCUGCAAGCAGAACUUCUCAGCUUCCUUUUCCGUCAUCUCCUGAGCAGUUAUGUGCGUUUUCCCAGUGUCCUUUUCACUGCAAAACUAUCAAAAUUGCAGGGAGACAAAACAACGAGCUCCCAAGAACAAGUUUGUGUUCUUGGCUGAUGUCUGGCAGCACUUGGGAGCUGACCUUGUGCAGUGGGUGCAGGCAGUUCAACUAUUUGUAUGUAUUUGCUGCUGUUAACUUCGUUUAACUUGCAUUCAAGGAGCACAGAUUAUUUAGGCUUCACUUUGUGCGUUUCCAGCUGAAAUCAUGAAGAUGCUGUGGACGCAGCUUGGAAGGGAAUCCCCUGGUCAGGUGCUGGGUCUGUAGCUGCUGUUUUGCAGAACCUUUAUGCUAUGCUGUAAAACAACUGCUUCAACACUGCUUUAAGAACAGACUAAAGAAAGACGUGAUGUGGAGUUUAUUAAGUCUGAGGUUCAGAACAACUUUUCUCUGUUGCUUCUCAAACUUCAGCAACUGCAGCAGGUGAGCACAUGAACCAGAAGCUGUUAUGGGUACCUGAGGAAGAUUACCCUCAUUAAGGGUGCUUUGGCUUUAAAAAAAAAAAAAAAAAAAGCCAUGUCAAAUCUCAGUGUAACUGUUUCUGUUCUGCCCCUCCAGUCUGACUCAGCAGCACCAGUCCUGAUUUAGGCAUGCGAGUUCCUGCAGUGACUCAGCUGGGAGCUUUAAUCAGCAGCUGAAAAACUCUUUGAAGCGAAUGCUUUCUGUAGUGCAGGGAGGUGGGAGGAAGGUCAUCUGCAAAGAAGUGAGGUUGGGUUUCUGAUCCAGUAAUGCUAAACAGCUGUUAUAAUGCUGGUGGGGCAGUAGAGACCCUGGAUUUGCUUUAUGGCUGAAUGCUGUAGUUGGUGUUGGCUUCCAUGCGGGUGCUUACAGCCUGAGUGCUCUGCUGAUCCUUGGUCCAGCUCCCACCCUGCUUUUUCCUUCUUUCAUUCAGGUGGUAAACACACUCUCAUUGUGCAGUAUGUGGUAAGGAGGAAUUCCUGUGAGGGAAUUCUCAGCUCACAGAACACUUGAAAUCAUUCCCAGUAUGAAUUAUCUUGAUUAAAGCCUGGCUUUGAUUUAAGUGUGCUGGUUUUUUAUCAAUGAUUUGAUCCCAGAGGCCUUAGCAUUGCAGAACUUGUUGGCUGCAGCCCUUGUCCAGCAGUGCUGCUGGGCAGGCAGGGUUGAGCUCAGCUUGUUGCCUGCACAGUUCUGGGGCUGGAAGUUCUGAUUCCGUGAGGGGACGAUGCUGGGAGGCUCGGGUGGGUGAGUUCUGAGCACUGAGCAGCUGCAGGCUCUGCCAGAGGAGUUUGUCUGGAGCGCAGCCUGCAUGCUGCAGCCCCAGGUGAAAGGGCAGCUGUGGGCUGUGCAGGUCGCUCUGGUGGGGCUGUGGGAGGAGCAGCUUUGAGCUGAGCUGCUGCAGGUACAGCACAGCCAGGGCCUCUGCCUGGAACAGCAUCAGAACAGUUCUGUAAUUCAGGGCGUGGGCUGAUACUAUCUGGAUUUAAGGCAGGGCUUUGUUGGCUCUUAGAGAAAAACCUUCCCUAGGAGAGGUGCGGUGUAAUCAUACUGGUUUGAUUGGCUGCCUCAAUGCAGCUAACAGAAACAUACUUGAAGUAGGCUUCCACAGCACCUUAACCAGGAGCUUUUCUGUAAAAGGAGAAAUUUCUCAGAGCAACGUUUUAUAUAUUAAGUCACAAAGUGCAAAUAUGUGGCUUGAGAACUGUCUGUGUCACGCGGAAAUGAGCGGGUGAUUGCUUUUCCUAAUCAGAAAAUCCUGGUUAUUCCACCAGUGUGAUUUGGUGGCAUCACUUUGUGGAUGUUCACACUGGAGGGCCUGAGUCAAUUGUUAAUGCUGCAGAAACCUGACUGCAGGUGUAGUGGAUGCGCAGUUAUUUGGUGCCAAAAUACUACAAGUAAGGAAUUUGUACGUGCUUGGUGUGCUGCUGUGUGUUUUGUUUGGUGUGUUUGCUCUUGCUACACAGUCUGGUGCCUACAGCAUCUGCUGAGCUCGCAGCAGAGUCACAAUCUUGCAUCUGUGACAUUCAUCAGUUGCCAUAGAAAUGGAAUGUAUUGUAACAAACUGUUGUUUUGACACUGUCAGAGUAUUGAGAUAAAUGGUGGGCUGGAAAAAGUCAAUGGGAAGAAACUGAAGAGAGAAAUGUGUGCGAGAUGAAGAGAACCAGGAGAAUGCUGCGUGCUGACAGCAUGGCGAGUCCUGCGAAGGAUAACUAUCGAAUGAAGUGCUACAAAAACAAAGCCCUAAAUCCUGAGGAAAUGCGUCGGAGGAGAGAAGAGGAAGGAAUUCAACUGCGCAAACAGAAACGAGAGCAACAGCUCUUUAAAAGAAGAAACGUGGAAUUAAUCAAUGAAGAUGCCUCCAUGUUUGAUAGCCUCCUUAUGGAUUCCUACGUCAGUUCCACGACGUGUGGGGAGGGAGUGAUCACAAGAGAGAUGGUAGAGAUGCUUUUCUCAGAUGACCCUGAUCUACAGCUAGCAACAACACAGAAAUUCAGGAAGUUGCUUUCUAAAGAGCCCAAUCCUCCAAUAGAUGAAGUGAUAAACACUCAAGGAGUGGUGGACAGAUUUGUUGAAUUCCUGAAGAGAAGCGAAAAUUGCACACUACAGUUUGAGGCAGCAUGGGCACUGACGAAUAUUGCAUCAGGAACUUCCCAACAGACAAAAAUAGUUAUUGAGGCCGGGGCAGUUCCUAUCUUUAUAGAGCUGUUAAACUCUGACUUUGAGGAUGUUCAAGAACAGGCUGUCUGGGCAUUGGGGAACAUUGCUGGAGACAGCUCUGUGUGUAGAGAUUAUGUCCUUAACUGCGCUAUCCUUCCUCCCUUGUUAAUGCUCCUUACAAAGUCCACCAGGUUGACAAUGACACGGAAUGCUGUUUGGGCCUUGUCAAACUUGUGCAGAGGAAAGAGUCCACCACCUGAAUUUGAUAAGGUAUCUCCCUGCCUGCCGGUGCUGUCCCGACUAUUAUUCAACAGUGACUCUGACUUGCUGGCAGAUGCGUGCUGGGCUCUUUCCUAUUUAUCAGAUGGCCCCAAUGAGAAAAUUCAAGCAGUUAUUGACUCGGGGGUGUGUCGGCGACUGGUCGAGUUGUUAAUGCACAACGACUACAAAGUGGCCUCCCCAGCAUUGCGAGCGGUCGGCAACAUCGUGACAGGAGAUGACAUCCAGACCCAGGUGAUUCUGAACUGUUCAGCCCUGCCUUGUCUCCUUCAUUUAUUAAGUAGUCCCAAGGAGUCCAUCAGGAAAGAAGCCUGCUGGACCAUAUCUAACAUCACAGCAGGAAACAGAGCACAAAUACAGGCAGUCAUAGAUGCAAACAUCUUCCCUGUGCUGAUAGAAAUCUUACAGAAAGCAGAAUUCCGUACAAGGAAGGAGGCGGCGUGGGCUAUCACAAAUGCAACGUCAGGAGGAACUCCUGAACAGAUCAGAUACCUGGUCAACCUGGGUUGCAUCAAGCCUCUUUGUGACCUCCUUACUGUCAUGGACUCCAAGAUUGUUCAGGUGGCAUUGAAUGGCCUGGAGAACAUCCUGAGGCUUGGAGAGCAGGAGGCCAACCAGAGCGGGACGGGCAUCAACCCGUACUGUAGCAUGAUAGAGGAGGCCUAUGGCUUGGAUAAGAUAGAGUUCCUGCAGAGCCACGAGAACCAAGAGAUCUACCAGAAAGCCUUCGAUCUGAUUGAGCACUACUUUGGAGUAGAGGAUGACUCCGCUUUAGCUCCCCAGGUAGAUGAGAACCAGCAGCAAUUCAUCUUCCAGCAACCCGAAGCCCCUAUGGAAGGCUUCCAGCUAUAGUGUGCCCCAGGCAAAAAGACCACCACAAAUUUGCCAGAAAGCAACUGGGAGAAGCUGAUUGUCCCAUUCCUCCUUGCAAACGGAAGGCUGAACACUCACUCCACCUGUUAGGAAACAAUUCUUCCUUCAAACAACUAGAAAGAGUGCUUUAUCCUCAUGAAGAAAAUGGGAUGUCUUGCACGUUUUUUUCUUUUUGCUGCUGCAUACGUGUCUUUAAAGCAGGCAUCUGGGUGGAGGAAGGACACUGAGGUAACAGAUUGCACCUCUUGGGUUUUUUUUUUUCUUUGUGGUGAUCUCUCCCAAAUGUCACUUCUUACCUCGGGUACUUAACUGAGAUUUCAGUGUUGGGUUGGGUAAGAACAGAAAUAGAAAGUGAGUAUUCUGACAAGAAUAAUUCUGGAAACCUGGGUUGAUCUAUUUAAUUUUUUUGCACAUGUUACUCUUAUUAAAGACUCUAAUUUGCCAAGAGCAAAGUUUAGCCCUGGCCUUUCUGCGCUCCUCUUGCAGCGGACAGUCCUGUCAGAGCUGGGCUGAGUUCCCCAAACGUGCUGUAAAUGGACAAAGAAGCAAGAGGCUUCUGGGGGAAGGAUCCUUCCCCGUCUCUAGAUAUUUUUUUCCUGAAGAACUGCUGGUAGUAUUUACAAGGAUAAAAAGCACCAAGACCCCAAAGCUGGUCGCUGCGAAGAGGGCGGGAUGCGGGGGUGGUUCUGGAACAGGAAGCACAGCUGCCACGGCACAGGCUUUGCAUUGCUACUGAUGGAAGCUGCAGGACUGCUGAAACGGCGGAACCCAUCUUCAUCUUUACUUGAAUCCUCCCCAGGGCUGCGUUUUGGGCGCUGUGCUGCGUGCGGGGUGAGCUCAGCAGCGCCGCGCCUGGGGCUCCAGGUUUACCUCCUGCUCACAGUCAGAACAUGUACAUUUCCUUCGAGAAAAGAAUCAAAUCUCUGUAUUUUUUAUAUUAUAUAUAGGUAGCUAUUUGUCUAAUUGGGCUCCAGAGAAAACUAUAUAUAAAACUUCUGUAAUUUAUGUAAAUAGAGCACUGUGAGGCAGGUGUGCCUGGAACCGCCGGCCCCGAGCUCGCUCCUCGUCGUCCUGCUGCUGCUCCCGUCCGCGCCGCGUAGCUCCGUCUUCAACCGCUCUGCUGGGCGCCAAGGUUUGCUCCUCACAGCCGCGGGGCCGAGGCCGGGAGGGGUGGGCCGGGCCUGCGUGCCCCUCGCCCCGCGUUGGGUUUGCUGAGUCCGUGACUGUUGAACGAAUAAAAACCUCUGUGCAGA